GGAAUGAUACUGUCAUUGCUUGUGCUGGAAUGAUACCUGUUUAAUUUUGUCAUGCCUCCACUUACUUUUUGUGACAUCGUCUGUCGCAUUACCGCCACAAAACGCAGUGAAAGCUGGAGAAAGUGUUUUUCAAAUUUAAUGUUUUCAUUGUUUAUUCUAAAAUUGAGAGAGGAUGUAUACUGCAACUUGUGUGGCGCCCGUAAAUAUGGCCCUAGUUAAAUACUGGGGCAAACGCAAUGAGCAACUAAUACUGCCAAUCAACGACUCCAUCAGCAUGACGCUGGACACAAACGAGAUGUGCGCAAAGACAACAAUAAGUGCUUCCGAAAGUUUUAAGCAAAACUGCAUGUGGCUGAAUGGUGAAGAGGUGCCCUUUGAGGAGAAUGCACGCCUAAUGCGUUGCCUCGAGGGUGUGCAGCGUUUGGCGCUGGCAAAUGGUGACAUAAAGUUUCCACAAAGCUGGAAACUGCACAUUGCCUCAUGCAACAAUUUUCCCACGGCAGCUGGACUGGCUUCGAGUGCAGCGGGCUAUGCCUGUUUGGUAUACACGCUGGCAAGACUCUACGAGCUGCCCAUUACGGAAGAGCUAACAACUAUAGCGCGUCAAGGCAGUGGCUCCGCUUGUCGCAGUCUUCACGGCGGAUUUGUACAUUGGCGCAAGGGUGAGCUCGAGGAUGGCACAGACUCUAUCGCUGUGCCAGUAGUGCCUUGGACACAUUGGCCCAACAUGCAUAUGCUUAUACUAGUCGUAAACGAUGCACGUAAAAAAACAGGCUCCACCAAAGGCAUGCAACUUGCAGUAGAAACGUCAACGUUAAUACAACAGCGGGCCAAGCAGGUGGUGCCCCAACGCAUCAAGGAGCUAACGCAGGCCAUACAUCAGCGUGACUUUAAGGCCUUUGCUGAGAUAACCAUGCGUGAAUCCAAUCAAUUGCAUGCCAUAGCACUGGACACCUAUCCGCCUUGUGUCUACAUGAACGAUGUGUCUCAUGCGAUUUCUAAUUUUGUGCAUGAUUUUAACGAGGCUGCUGGCGAACUGCUCGCUGCCUAUACUUUUGAUGCAGGUCCCAAUGCGUGUCUCUAUGUGCUGGCGGAGCAUGUGCCACGUCUGUUGGCAGCCGUACAGCUGGCUUUUCCAAAUGAUUGUGAACAGAGUGUGGAGUACCUAAAGGGCAUACCCGUGCCACAGUUGGCGCAACAUUUAAAUGGUGUGGGUGAUGCUGCCUUGGCACAUGUUAAUCCCAAAAAUUUGUUAAAAUAUAUUAUACAUACAAAAGUAGGCAAGGGGCCAUAUCAACUGAGUGAUGACCAAAGCUUACUGAUUGAUGGCUUACCCUUACCUAAAUGAUAUCAAAGAGGCUUUAAUAAUAUAUUCAGAUAUUAACCCUAGGUUUUUGGGUUAAAACUAAUUUCAUUUUGACAUUAAA